AUUACUUACAAAUAUGUUUUCGAAUAAUGAAGACCGGAAUGAAACGAAGUUGAGAUCAUUCACUUUUCCGGAAAAAGUCAAUUUCUUGAAUAAAUCGGCGGUUAUUAUCAAUAGACGAGCUCCAAAAUACACGAGCUUUAAUAAUUUAAGUGGCGAUGAUCUUCAGCUCCACAUGCGGCUUGAGUCAAAAGACUGGCACAUGAUUGUGGUUUUACAUCAUGGGUUGUUUAGUAGAAAACAGAUUAUUGAUGCUCUGUACAACAUUGUUAAAGAUAAACUUUUUGCACCUAUGGGCUAUGAAAGAAAUGGAGAGUUUGACACAUUUCUUAUUGUUGAUCAGUCAGAUGCUUUAAAGAGACUUUUUGAAAACCAAUUGAAAAUAUAUAUUGGAGACACUGUUUUGCCAUUGAUGGUUCAGCUUACAGUAUCACCCAACAAUCAAUUACAUAAUCCCAGAUUAAUUGAUCUUCUGCAUGCAGACAUUACGCAGAAAAUUAAUCAAGCAAAACAAAAGGAUAUAAACACAGAAGUGUUUGAUUUGUCACAUUAUUGUGAAAGCAGUAAAUAUGUGAUAAUAUCGUUAAGUAACAGAAUAUGUUUGAACAUUCUAAUUGUUCAAAUGAACAGAAUAGCAAAACUGAAGGCGGAAUUUUCAUUGUUCGACUUUUCCAAUAAUGACAUUCAAACUCUAGAGCCAUUCGAAAAGUUAUACGGAUUUCAAAUGAAGGUCCUUAAUCUUCAAAAUAAUCAAAUUAGAGAUUUGAAUGAAUUAAGAUAUUUAAGAAACUUGAACAUCGUUGAGCUAUCUUUGGAUGGAAACAGAUUUAUAAACACAACAGAUAUUACUAGAAAAGUUCAAUCAAUGAUUUCAACCGUUAAAGUCUUAAAUGGAAAUCAAAUAGAAGUGGAAAUGACUGCAUCAACAUCUCAAAUGAAAGAUGACAAAAAAAUUUCAUUUAACUUCAAUGCUUACAAGGCCCAAGGAAAUGAGCCAAUUGUGAAAUUUUCUGAAGGAAUUUUUUUCACGGCUUCUAAGGCACAUACUUUUGAAAAAUUGCUUUCAUCUUAUUUAAAUCUGAAAAGAGAUAAUUGGUGGAGUAAAGUUACAAUUGAACACAAUAAAAGAUAUGAAAAGGAGGAAAUUAUUGAGGAAAUUCAGAAGUUAUUUCCCAACGUACCUUUUUUCCCAUGUUACUACAAACGCUUGGGUAAUCGUGAUGAAUUUUAUCUUUACAAGAACUUUGAUGCUCUUAAACUUCUCAUGGAGAGAAGAUUGAUACAUGAAAUGCCCGACUGUCAAAAAAUAACAUUCCAGUUGAGUCUUGGCGUGGCAGCAUUCGAAGAUGGACAAGUUAAUUGGCAACAUAAAAUUUCGUACGUUUUAUCGCAAAGAAUUAUCGGCGAUACACUCGAUCUCAAUGGCUUCAUUCAUGAUCCAAAAUUCUCGAAGAUUAUUCUUCCAAUCAACACAAAAUUCACUUUAAAUUAUAUUUUCGAUCAUGCACGAAAACAAAAUAAUCAAAUAACAAAAAUUUACAUUCAAAAUAAUGGAAUAACUUCUCUGGAUUGUUUAAGGAAAUCUUUUUUUACGCAUUCAAAAGUUGUGACAUUAGAUUUACGAAACAACAAAAUAUUAUGCUUGUCUGGCAUGUCUUUCUUGUGUUCAUUAAAAGAGAUUUUCUUAGAUGGAAAUCCGAUUUGCGAGAUGUUUUCGAAUCCCAAAUCAUAUAUAGAAGAAGUGAAGCAAUAUUUCCCAGGAGCGGAGAAAAUUGAUGGAAGAGUCAUCAACAGAUCGCUCCAAAUGGUUUCUUUCCAAAAUUUUCUUAUUACAAGGAAAGCAUCGGUGAUGGUGAAUGCUUUUCUUAGUAAUUUUUUCAAGUUAUUUGACUCUAUGGAACGCCACCGAGUCCUGGAAUUCUAUUCGGAUCAAUCCAUAUUUACGAUGAGUGUAAAUUUCAACCCAGAACACUUUUCAAUGACUCAGAGAGCAGAAACAGCUACGCAGAUUCAAAACUACGGAAAAUAUUCUCGAAAUCUUUUAUACAUUGCCAAUUUCAGCAAGACAGUUGAUAACAUUCAUGUCGGGCUUACAAACAUUGCAAAAGUUUUUAAUGGAUUAAAUAGAACGUCACAUGACUUUGAAAGUUUUUCAAUUGACGUUCCUUUGUAUCAUCCAACUUCGAUGAUCGUAAUUACAGUUACUGGAAUUUUCGAGGAGCAUGGUUUGCAUUUGAAUAAAUUUGAUCUCUUUCUUGGCUUUACACGAACGUUUAUUUUGCAUCCACUGCCAGAAAAUAAAUUUUUCAUAAGUAAUGAUCAAAUGUUUGUUCAUUCUUUUGCACCAGCUCAAAAAGACUUAUGGAUGAAUAACAAAAGAAAAAUUAUCAAUGAAAAUGAAGAAAAUCAUCAUGAAGACAUUUCAGUAACUCCAUUGGAAGAGAAAACUAUGAAACUUAUUUUAUUUCAAAAGCUUACAGAAUUAAAGAAAGAAGAAUGCUUGCGAAUACUUGAAGAAAGCUUCUGGAAUAUUAAAGUUUCAUUAGCUACAUUUAAUAGUUUAAUAAAUACUUGCGGCAUUGCCGAUGAUAAAUUUAAUUUUCAAUAAAGCAAGAAACAAUAAAAUGUCUUUAAUAAAAUGAGAAAAAGAUUUAUGCUUCUAACAUAUUGUGAAGAUAAAUGUCAAUGUAAGACAUUAAGAAAUGCAAUGUAAAUAAUUGAAAAUAUAAAAAAAAUUAAUUGAGUUGUCAUUAAAUAUUAAAGUUUAUACAUAUUAAAUAAAAAUAAAAAAGAAAGAAAUUUUAU